AUGGAGGAGAAGAUUUGUAGCGAGUUGAAACUCACUGAGUUAAGGCAACAAAGCUUCCACAAAACUUUUAAUCAAAUUCACGACCAAGCGUCUUCCAUUCUCUUACUCACUCUUCAAUGGAAAGAAAUCGAAACUCACUUAGAUUCCGCCUUCAUUUCCAUCAAAAACUGCGCCAAAGAGCUUCACUGCAAGGAAGGUCAACUGGAGGAGAGAGAGAAGGAAAUUGAAGUGAAGGAGAAGGAAUUUGAGGAACGGUGUCGAGAAUUUAUAGAGCUAAGAGAUGCGGAGGUUGAGGAGCAUUUUAAAGAGAUUGAGUUUACGAAGAAAGGGUUGGAGGAAAGGCGCAGAGAAUUUGAGUUGAAGGAGAAGGAAUUUGAGGAACGGUGUGAAGAGAUUGAGUUGGAGGGGAAGUGGUUGGAGGAAAGGCGAAAGGGAGUUGAAGAUAGGGAAGGAUUGGCGAAAGAGAAGUUUGCUGAGCUUAAUUUUAGGGAGAAGCGAAUUGUUGAGAGGUGUAGGGAAGUCGAAUUGGAAAAUAAGAAAUUUGUUGAAGGGAUUGAAGCGAAGGAGAAGCGAGUUGAGGAGAGGCGAAAGGGAGUUGAAGAUAGGGAAAGAUUGGCCAAAGAGAAGUUUGUGGAGCUUAAUUUUAGGGAGAAGCAAAUUGUCGAGAGGUGUAGGGAAGUCGAAUUGGAAAAUAGGAAGUUCGUUGAAGAGAUUGAAGCGAAGGAGAAGCGAAUUGAGGAGAGGCGAAAGGAAGUUGAAGAGAGGGAGGAAUUGGUGAAAAAUAAGUUUAUGGAAAUUAAGUUGAAGGAGAAGCAAGUUGAUGAGAGGUGUAGAGAAGUGGAAUUGGAAAGUAGAAAGUUUGGUGAAGAGAUUGGAUUGAAGGAGAAACAGCUCAACAAAAGGCGAAAGGAAAUUGAAGUGGAAAGCAAGAAGAUUGUUGAAGGGCUUGGGUUGAAGAAGAAGGAAUUUGAAGAACGGUGUAAAAAGGUUGAAUUGGAAAAUAAGAAGUUUGUUGAAGAGCUUGAAUUCAAGGAGAAGCGACUCAGUGAAGGGCGCAGGGAAGUUGCGUGGGAGAAGAUGAAGUUUGGGGAACAACUUAAAGAGCGUGAAUUGGAGGAGAGACGACUUGAGGAUAGGGCUCUGGAAAUUGAAUCGGAGAAGAAGAGAAACAAGGAGUUUCUUGAAGAGCUUGAAUUGAAGCAGAAGCAAGUUGAACAGCAGCGUCAAGAAGUUGAUUUGGAGAUCAUGAAAAACAAGAAGUUUAUUGAGGGGUUUAUUGAGGAGCAAGUUGAAUCAGAGAGAAAGAAGCUUAUUGAGGAGUUUGAUUUGAAGGAGAAACAAUUUCACGAAAGGAGGGAGGAAGUUGAAUUAGAGAGAAAGAAGUUCAUCGAAAAGCUUGAAUUGAAGGAGAAACAAUUUGACGAGAGGCGGGAGGAAGUUGAAUUAGAGAGAAAGAAGUUCAUUGAAAGGCUUGAAUUGAAGGAGAAGCAGCUUGAGGAGCAGCAUAAAGAAGUUGAAUUGAAAAACAAGAAAAACAAGAAGUUUUUUGAAGAGCUUGAGUUGAAGGAGAAGCAAGUUGAAGAAAGGUGUCUGGUAGUUGAAUUGGGGAAUAAAAAGUUCGCUGAAGAGCUUGAAUUGAAUGACAAGCAACUUGAAGAGCAUUGUAAGGUAAUGGAAUUGGAAAGGAAGAGGUUUGAGGAACUUUCCAAGAAGAUUGAAUUGAAGGAGAAGCACCUCGAAAAGCAGUUAAAAGAAGUUGAAUUUGGAAACAAGAAGCUUUUGGAACAACCUAAAGAGCUUGAGUUGAAAGAGAAGCAACUUCUGGAGCAGUCCAAAAACCUUGAAACAGAAUCUAAGAAAUUUAUGGAUCAAUCUAGAGAACUUGAAUUGAAGGAGAGGCAUCUCGAAGAAGGGUGCAGGGAAUUAGACGGGAAAGAGAAACGACUUGUUGAUGCUGGUAAUACUCAUGUGAAGAUUAAGGCACCGGAUAAUUUUGUGGUUAAGAAUGCUAUUGAUGCUAAUCUCCAUCUUUCGGUGACUAUGGAUGGAAAGGCCUUGCAAAUAUUCUUAAAUAAGUGUCUUAAAUAUGAUGAGAAGAUAAAAAAUGAAGUGCUUAGUGCUCUUGUACUAUCACCGGAUCCUGCAAAGCUUGUUUUGGAUGCAAUGGAAGGGUUUUAUCCACCACCCAUGGCUCUCAGAGGGAGUGUGGUAAAAAAGAGUUGCAAUUUUUUGCUGGAGCAAUUAAUGACACUGUCACCACCAAUCAAGCCGCAUGUGAGAGAAGCAGCAAAAGAGCUUGCCUUUGAUUGGAGGACCAAAAUGAGAAGGGGUGGUAAAAAUUAUUUUGAGUUUUUUGGAUUUUUCAGGCUCUUGGCUUCUUAUAGUUUGACCUCUGCCUUCAAUGCUAAUGAUCUAUUAAAUGAUUUGGUGACUGUUGCUCAAUAUAGUGAGACCCCUGAAUUCUUAAGGGUCCUUGGUUUAGAAGAUAAGGCCUCCCGUUUUGUUCAAAUUCUGAUCAACAAGAAACAAUAUCUUGAUGCUGUUAGGUUCAUCUGUGCAUUUGAGCUGGUUAAGGAGUUCCGGCCUCGACGUCUCUUGGCACUUUACUUGCAUGAUUCCAAGAUUGCUGUAAAAAAAAUUAGAAAGAGCAAAAAAUCCGUUGCAGCACAGGUUAUGGCGAAUAAAAAAAGAGUUGCUGAUUUGAGGGCCGUAAUUAAAUGCAUUGAAGAUCACAAGCUUGAAUCUGAACUCUCACUUAAGUGCCUCAAGCAACAAAUACUAGAUGUGGAAAGAAGAGAUUCAAAUAAGAAAACAAUAUUGCCAGCUGUAGGCUGCAGUUCUCAGACCCGAAUUUUGGAUGAGAAGAGAUUUUCAUUACCCAAAUCUACCUCCACCGCAAACACUACCCCUACUGCUCCAACUGCUCCCAUCAAUGUCACCACCCCAUCACCAACCACUGCGUCUACUGCUACACCAGCUGCUGCCAUCACGAUCACCUCCUCUAUGUCAACUGCUGCCUCCACUGCUCCCUCAAUCAUAAACACCUCUCCCAACCCUACUCUACCCAUUACCGCCCCCACUUCCUCCACGAGUGUUGUCUCCCCCUCACCAACCACCACACUGCCUUCAGCUACAAUCUCUGAGUGUCUAGCACAACAUCAUUGUGGAGAUAAGCGCCCUCAGCCACAACACCAGGUUGGAGACGAGCACCAUCAUCCGCAACAUGAGGAUGGAAACAAGCAUCCUCAACCACAACACCCGUAUGGAAAUAAGCACCCUCAACGACAACAACUAGGUGGAAAUAAGCGCCCUCGAAUAGCUGCAUCAUCAGAGGUACCUCUACGAGCAUCAUCAUUUGCCUUUGCAAAUACUAACUUUGUAGACUCGCUGGAAAGCCCUCAUCAGCGACCAAAUCACUAUUUUAUGAAUCAAGGUGCAUCAUAUUUGAACUCAUCAGCUGGACAUUAUAGCAUGACUGGGUACCAGCCUAUAAACCCACGGAUGAGCUAUUACAAUAAUGUAAAUCCUUAUUAUUAUCGGAACACAUUUGGUGCACCUGGCUAUGAAAACACCACACCUUUUCAUAGACGUUAG